AUGAGCCGCCAAUUCACCUACAAGUCGGGAGCCGCUGCCAAGGGGGGUUUCAGCGGAUGCUCAGUUGUCCUCUCUGGGAGCAGCUCACCUUCCUACAGGGCAGGGAGCAAAGGGCUCAGUGGGGGCUUUGGAAGCCAGAGCCUGUAUAGCCUGGGGUGUGCCCGGAGCAUCUCUUUCAACAUGGCCGGUGGCAGUGGGCGGCCAGGGGGCUAUGGGUUUAGCCGAGGCCGAGCCAGUGGCUUUGCCGGCAGCAUGUUUGGCAGUGUGGUCCUGGGGCCCAUGUGCCCAUCCCUGUGCCCACCUGGGGGCAUCCACCAGGUCAUCGUCAACAAGAGCCUCCUGACUCCCCUCAAUGUGGAGCUGGACCCCGAGAUCCAGAAAGUGCGUGCCCAGGAGCGGGAGCAGAUCAAGGCACUGAACAACAAGUUCGCCUCCUUCAUCGACAAGGUGAGGUUCCUGGAGCAGCAGAACCAGGUUCUGGGGACCAAGUGGGAGCUGCUGCAGCAGCAGGACCUGAACAGCUGUAAGAACAACCUGGAGCCCAUCCUCGAGGGCUACAUCAGCAACCUGAGGAAGCAGCUGGAGACACUGUCCGGGGACCGGGUGAGGCUGGACUCGGAGCUGAGGAGCAUGCGUGAUGUGGUGGAGGACUACAAGAAGAGGUAUGAGGAGGAAAUAAACAAGCGCACAACUGCUGAGAAUGAAUUUGUAGUGCUUAAGAAGGACGUGGACGCGGCAUACAUGAGCAAGGUGGAGCUGCAGGCCAAGGUGGAUGCCCUGGAGAGAGAAAUAAAGUUCUUUACAUGCCUGUACGAGGGGGAGAUUGCUCAGAUGCAGUCCCACAUCAGUGACACAUCUGUCAUCCUGUCCAUGGACAACAACCGGAACCUGGACCUGGACAGCAUCAUUGCUGAGGUCCGGGCCCAGUACGAGGACAUUGCUCUCAAGAGCAAGGCGGAGGCCGAGGCGCUGUACCAGACCAAGUUCCAGGAGCUGCAGCUGGCGGCCGGUCGGCAUGGGGAUGACCUCAAACACACCAAGAAUGAGAUCUCAGAGCUGACCCGGCUCAUCCAAAGGCUGCGCUCAGAGAUUGAGAAUGUGAAGAAGCAGUGCUCCAACCUGGAGACGGCCAUCACUGACGCUGAGCAGCGAGGUCACUGUGCCCUGAAAGAUGCUCAGGCCAAGCUGGAUGAGCUGGAGGCCGCCCUGCUCCAGGCCAAGGAGGAGCUGGCCCGGAUGAUGCGUGAGUACCAGGAGCUGAUGAGCACAAAGCUGGCUCUGGACAUCGAGAUCGCCACCUACCGCAAGCUGCUGGAGGGCGAGGAGUGCAGGAUGUCUGGAGAAUACACCAAUUCUGUGAGCAUAUCCGUCAUCAGCAGCUCCAUGGCCGGGACUGCAGGCACAGGAGCCGGCUUUGGGUACAGCGGCACCGGCACCUAUGGCUAUCGGCCCAGCUUUGUCGGCGGGGGCUAUUGCUUCCUGCCGGGGGGCUGUGUCACUGGCAGUGGGAACUGCAGCCCCCGCGGGGAGGCCAAAACCAGGUUAGGGAGUACAAGUGAAAUCAAGGACCUGCCGGGAAAGACCCUAGCUCUGAGCUCACCCACCAAGAAGACCCCAAGAUAA